AUGGAAGUGUAUAAUCUAAACUGGCGGGCUCAUUCACCUUGCCAACUAACAGGUGACUCUGCUGCUCAUCCAAUUGCCGACAACAAAUUGGCUGCUCGCGGGUCGGAGGUCAGUUCCCGAGGCCUCUCCACCUCGACUCUAUUGUCCCCCUCGAACGGCGCCUGUGAUUGGCUGCUGGACCGACUUGUGCCCGGCCUACUCAGUCCGUAUGCACAUUGUGCCUGCCCUGCCUCGAGUCCCGUCUGUCCGGCCAAUUUGACCCUUCACGGGGCCGGGUUGAAUGCCAGCCUCCUGGCCGGCACCAGACCGACAGUUAGCAACGAGGACGUGUUGUCCGCCGCCAGCAGCAUUGUCCUUGGCAGUCGUGUCGGAGGCGGUCGGAGCGAGGAGCCGAUCGGCUCUGAGGGCGUUGAUGAUGUCUCACUUCCAAUCGUGUCGUCAGGCCAGUCGCAGUGCUUUUUGAACGGUCUGGCCGGUCGGAUCGCCGAAAUGACGACGGCCCCGAUCGUCGGCGACUGCAAUGGGUCUUUUGUCAACCUCGAGACCGAGCACGGAGCGGUGCUGUCCGACUCCACGAAGCGAGCAUUGCUCAGCUACCAAUUGAUGCAGGUGGAGGCUGUGCAUGCCUGCAAGACUGGGCAGUUUGUAGGCCCAGACUCGCAGAAGGCGACAACAGAGGCUCUGGAUACAGCCGUCUCUACGGCCGUUUCCACGGGCCUCUUGACUGACGCAGCAACGGCCGAGAUCAACCGUAACCUUGAUCUUCUCACGAGAAAGGUUACUGAACUGGCCAUCGAAGGUUGGUACCAUUAUUUUGUCUCAUCCUCUCCGUCUUAG